AUGAGAAUUCAAUCACUAGUCAUAUUUCUCGCUCUGUUUAGUUUAAGUGACUCAAUUAAAUUAGAAUGCAUUGAUAUUACUUCAAACAUGUUUAAAAUUCUUAAACUUUUACCACCAAGUAAUGGUCCUGUUACUCGGUGUUACAAUUUAAAAUUAAUAACAAAGAAGUUGGCACCUGAUGGAUAUACGCGUCUUGUGCGGACUGUUAAUGGACAAUACCCAGCCCCGAUAAUCCAAGCAAACUAUGGAGAUAGACUUCUUAUUAAUGUAAUAAAUGAAUUAGGAGAAUUUUCUACACUCCAUUGGCACGGCAUAUUUCAAACAGGCACAAACUUUUAUGAUGGUGUUCCAGGCGUAACACAGUGUCCGAUCCCCAACCAUGGCAAUUUUACCUACAAUUUUACGGUUAACCAAUAUGGAACUUUUUGGUACCAUUCACAUUUCUCUGGUCAACUUGUUGAUGGUCUCAAAGGUCCAUUAAUAAUUCACAAUCAUAAAGACCCCUACCUUAAAACAUAUGAUUUCGAAUAUGUUGUAACACUGUCAGAAUGGUAUCACCUUCAAGCAAAUGAUAUUGAAUCAAUUCUUCUUUCUCCUAGUUAUCGAGGAGGUGAUCCUAUCCCUAGCUCUGGUGAAAUUAGUGGCAAAGGACAAUAUAAUUGUGCUUUUGCCUCUAAAAAUUCAUUAUGUAACCCGAAUAACGGAGUCGCCAAAUACAUUGUUAAAAAGGGUAAAAAAUACAGAUUUAGAAUUAUUAAUAUGAGUGGGUCAACUCAUUAUAUAUUUUCGAUUGAUGAACAUCCACUUACACUUAUUGAAGUUGAUGGCCAUUUAAUAAAAGAAGUCACUAUAAAAACAAUUCCGAUUAAUACUGCACAACGAUAUUCAGUGAUCCUUAACGCUAAUAAACCAGUCAAAAAUUAUUAUAUUCGCGCAAAACUUACAGUUUGCACGCCGUUCAAUAAUCAAACUUUAAAUUAUAAUUACACAUUAAAUCCUAAUGUUGUUGGAAUUUUAAAAUAUGAUGGUGCAAAAGAUAAAACUCCAGAUUCAAAAGCUUAUCCGUUAAAUAAAUCGGAAGAAUGUAGAGAUUUGAAUCCAAAUAUUUUAAAACCAUAUAAAUUAAAACCACCUAAACAUGCUACUCAUAAGAUUGAUCUAGUGAUUUCUUUUAAAAAGUUAUCAACGACUGGGUCAUUGGCUUUUAUUAAUAACUUAAGCUUUGUGGCUGAUUUUAAUUAUCCGACCAAUCAAAAAAUUAUUAAUAAAUUAAAUGUAAACAAAUUUCAAAAUGCUUAUGCAUAUGAUUGCUACACUAAGGAUUGUAAAAAUGAGGCUGUUGAUAUCUAUAUUAGAAUUAAUCACACUCAUUCUCAUCCGUUUCAUUUACAUGGACAUAGCUUUUUCGUUAUGUAUAAUGGAGAAAAUCAAACUGGCAUUGAACCUCCAGAUCCAUCGGAUUUUAAUUUAAUUGAUCCUGUUUAUCGUGAUAUAGUAACUGUUUUAGGAAAUAGUACAACUGUAAUCCGUUAUCCUAUAGACAAUCCUGGCGUAUGGUUUAUGCAUUGUCAUAUGCAUUGGCACUCUGUCAAAGGUAUGGCCACACAACUGAUUGAGCGAAAAUCUAUAAUUACGAAUAUGUCAGUACCAGAGAAUCUUUUUGCAAAUUGUGCAAGUUAG